AUGAAGUGGCGGUUGGCGCAGAGUGUGCUCCCCCAAUUUCGGGACCGUAUACGUGAUGUGAUCGAGGACGAACUGGAUGGCUGUGCAGCGGGACCAUUCGUUCUGGCCCACAUGGACUUCAAUCCAUGGAACAUGAUAAUAGCGCCCGACGGUCCUAAUGCAGGGCGCAUCCUCGCUAUCAUUGAUUGGGAGAUGGCUAUGACUGUGCCGCUCUGGACGCUUGUCUGCCAUCCUUUGUGGUUCGAGAGCAAGGGCUGCCAGCGAAAGCGAGACCCACAGGAAACACGCUUGUUCAAGGACACGUACGUCCGCGAGCUGCAGAGGUACACCACGGAAUCUUUGGUCCUUCGCGUCGUCCAAAAUCCGAGAUUAGAGCUGAAAAGGCGGUUCGCUGAGAUGGCUGUCGCGUCCUGGGACAAGGCCGAAUGUAUAAAGGCAUGGAUGGAUAAGCAUCCGAAGCAGGAGCGAUAA